UCGCCGCCGUCGGGAACUGCGCCACAACUGCGCCACAACUGCACGGCCGGAAGUAGAGAAGUGCGCCCGUUACGCAAGACGGCGGCGGGGAGCCACGAGCUGCGCCCCCUGCCGACCGCUGUCCACGCGGAAGCUGGAAAAGGAAAGUUCGCCGUCAACAUGUUCGCUGAGCGCGUGACACUUUGACAGCUCCGUCACUUCGCUGCGCGGCCGCUUUUUGUUACUUUCCCUAAGUUUGUGGCGGUCGGACGGCGCGCGCUCAUCAUCAUCAUCAUCAUCAUCAUCAUGCGUCUCGCACUCGCGCUGCUGCUGCUGCUGCAGCCCCUCGCGCUGGCCGCGCGCUGCUCCGCGGACUUCACCCCCCCGCUGGUGAACGUCAGCCUGGACGACCCCCCAGGACAGAGGUGGGCACCGCUGGUCAAGGUGUUCGACGUGGAGAUGCUGAUGAGGACGGCGACGCGAGUGAUCGACCUGCUCAUCCCCGCCUGGGUUCACCGCGCCGUCGCCCCCGUGGCCGAGGCCCUGGAGGACUACAUCCCGCAGCCGUACGCCGGCGAGAUCCUCGGAAUGGCCUCCUUCUUCGGCUCCAACAUCAGUGACAUCGUCCUGCUGAACUUCGCCUACGAGAUCACAGCGUUUUGCACCAGCGUUGUGGCCCAGGACUCGAGCGGCCGGCUCUUCCACGGCCGGAACCUGGACUAUCCGGCUGCGGAGCUGCUGAGGAACGUCACCGUCGACGUUCUUUUCCUGAGAAAAGGCGAGGUGGCCUACAGAGGGACCACGUUUGCUGGUUAUGUGGGGCUGUGGACCGGACAGAGCGCUCAAAAGUUUACCGUUUCUGCGAACAAGCGAGCCAAGGGUUACUGGUGGGAAAACCUCAUCUCUGCCGUCCUGCUGAAGAGCUCACCUGACAGCUGGCUGAUCAGAGAGACUCUGGCCGAGGCGAAAGACUUCCAGGACGCUGUGAAGCGCUUGUCUACGGUGCCCAUCAUCUGUGACGUGUACUACAUCGUGGCCGGGGUACGACCGGGGGAGGGGGUUGUGGUCACCAGGGACCGCCUGGGCUCUGCAGACAUUUGGCCCCUGAACCCCGCGCGUGGCGAGUGGUUCCGGGUGGAGACCAACUACGACCACUGGACCCCCCCCCCGCACAGCGACGACCGCAGAACUCCAACCAUGAAAGCGCUAAACGCUACUGGACAAGAGCACAUUAAUUUGGAGACGCUUUACAAGGUUUUGUCAGCGGCUCCGACGUGCAACGGGAUCACGAUCUACACGACCACGAUGAGCGCCGCCUACCCGGAAAAGUACCGCACUGUGGUGAGACGGAAGUGCUCCGUUUAGGGAGCGUCUCACGCGGCGCCGCUCACGCCACAAGGACAGAGGAAGGACACGUCACACGCCUGACGGAAACUGCCAUCAAUACCUCUCAUUUCACCUUUUUACUUUCUGUCAACAUGUGCUUGCAAUUUGCUAACUAAAAUCUUACUUCGGAUUAAAAGAAUUAAUGAAAA